GGUUGACCCUGGCGGAAAUCUCUGCACAUUCCCUGGUCAAUCCGUGGUCAAUCCUUCGUCAUGACGGUCAUUGAAGCCCCGGUGCUUGUCCCAGUGCUUGCCCAGUGCUUCGACCUAGACCCGUAUUUUACUCGAAAGAGCGAAUGCCGAACCUUCGCUAUGUCGCCUCAAUAGUCCAGUGGAGGGUCUACGUAUGUAUUAUUAGUCUGGUCUAGGUAUCGUAGAAUCUCCCUAAUCCCGGACGGAAAGUCCAUUUCCCAAUUCAUCAGAAAUGUCCAUUUCCUUUAUUAUUAAAGGAAAGCCUUGGUGCCUAACCGAUGAUCUUGUUAUUUUUUUCUUGUUUCCAUCCUCUAUUCUUAUAAACUACUACCUAGGUACCUAGUAGGGAUCCUCUUCGUCGUCAGUGCAAGUGCAUUAUCUAAUACCUAGUUCCCUAUCAUCUAUAUACCUAUAAACCUAUACAUACACGCCUAAGUAUAUUAUAAUAAACCCUUCCCGCCUUUCAUUCUACCUAUACACAUACACCUAGAUAGGUAUCACGACUAUACGCGGAUAGACCUAAACCCCUUACCAUGAACAUGGAGGAGGUCGAUCGCGAGCUCCUACGAGCCGAGCAGGAUGCUUCACAACAUAUGUCCCCGGCCACUACACAUGAGCCUGCAGCUCCCCGUCGUGCUAGUAAUGAAGUCGAACGAGUGGUCACAGCGUCUUCUGCAUCAACAUCAUCCAGUGACGGAGCCAGACAACGGCAUGCCGAGGGCCUGAGUCGCAUUCCCACUCAACGAGAUCUCGAAAGGCACCCUACCGAACUAAGUCGCAUUAAUACAGCCCGAAGUCAGCAUGAUGCUACUGUUGGACGAAGUUUAAGAAAUCGCGAGUCUAGGAAGCCAUUGCCUAAUUUUGGUGCCGGUAAACCGUUUCCGCCACCCUUACCAAACCAAGAAGAUUAUGUCGUCGAAUUUGACGGGCCGGAUGACCCCUAUCAUGCUCAGAAUUGGUCGCUUAAAAGGAAGUUACUCACGGCUGCUAUGCUGGGAUAUACUACUAUGACAUCCGCUUUCGCAUCUAGUAUUUUCUCCGCUGCGACACCAUAUGUAGCGAAAGAAUUCGGCGUCAGCUCCGAAGUUGGUAUUUUAGGCGUUUCUCUCUUCGUCGUUGGUUUCGCAACUGGUCCGACGUUCUGGGCGCCCCUAUCCGAGCUCAAGGGUCGGCGCAUGCCUAUAGUGGUGGCCAUGUUCGGUUUCUCUGUUUUUUCUGUCGCCUGCGCUACAGGAAAAGACUUACAAACGGUCCUUAUCUGUCGAUUCUUUGCCGGUUUCUGCGGAGCCUGUCCAUUGGCUGUCGUCGCCGCUGUCUUUUCGGAUAUGUUCAACAACGCGACACGAGGUAUAGCGAUAACAAUAUUUUCCAUGGCUGUGUUUACUGGACCGCUACUAGCCCCUUUCGUCGGAGGAUUCAUCGUCGAGUCGCACCUUGGAUGGCGUUGGACUAUGUAUAUUUCGAGCAUCAUGGGUUGGCUGGCAUUCGUUCUGGAUUUGUUCUUCCUACGCGAAACCUACCCCCCUGUCAUCCUGAUAGAGAAGGCAGCUGAGUUACGUCGUCGCACUUUGAACUGGGGUAUCCACGCCAAACAAGAGGAAAUCGAGGUCGACUUCAAGGAGCUGCUUCAGAAGAACUUUACUCGUCCUAUGCGACUUCUAUUCGGUGAACCGAUUGUUACUCUUCUGUCGAUCUACAUGGCCUUCAUCUACGGGCUAUUGUAUCUAUUCCUUACGGCCUACCCGUUCGUCUUCCAGAGAGUUCAUCAUUUCAACGCUGGACAAUCGGGAUUGGCCUUCUUCGGAAUGAUUAUCGGCCAACUCAUCGCAGGCACCGUCGUGCUGCUUGAUCAACCUUCAUACCAGCGCAAGCUUGCUGCCAACAACGGUGUACCAGUUCCCGAAUGGCGUCUACCAAUCGUCAUCGCUGGUGGUAUCUCAUUCACCGGUGGCAUCUUCUGGUUUGGGUGGUCAGGCUACAGAGCCGAUGUUCACUGGAUCGUGCCCGCGGCUUCAGGUAUCAUGUCGGGUUUCGGACUAAUGGGUAUCUUCCUUCAAGCCCUUAACUAUCUUGUCGACGCCUACCUCAUGUUCGCCGCCUCAGCUAUCGCAGGAAACACCUUCCUCCGGUCUCUUUGCGGCGCCGGUUUCCCCCUAUUUGCAACUUACAUGUUCAACGGUCUUGGUAUCCAGUGGGCGUCUACUUUAUUAGGCUGCGUAGCCGCGCUGUUGGUGCCUAUCCCGGUUAUUUUCUACCUAUACGGCCACAAGAUCCGUGCUAAGAGCAACUUCGCCCAUACAUUCCCAAGCGUGCCUCCGCCCGCCACUGCGUCUAGUUCUGGUGAUGAUAAGGACGAAGAAAACAGCCCCAUAGAUCACGCCGCCGCAUCAAACGUACCAAGGACGAAUGUCGAAUCUGAAAAGGCUUAAUCGUGAAGUUAAUUGUUAGUGCCCCCGGGAUUUAAAAGG